GGGUGUGCAGAUUACUCUGUGCUGGGUCGUGACCUCCAACCUGGUCUUUCUUCUUAUGACGACCUACGACAAAGUGAAUGACCCGACUGGCCAGGACCUGACGACGACAGCUGGAUUCUUGAAGCUCAUCAAGAGCGCUUUGAGACUGAAGGAGGGAGGUCUUACUUUGUAUUCGUGUACCAACUAA